CAGUACAAAAAUGGACUUGUUUAGAAAUUGUUGCGUAUCGUCAGCCAGGGCGAUUAAUUCAUAUUUGCAGGGCUGGUUCAGUUUUUUUUUUUCCUUUGCCCAGGCAGGUAGCCGGUCAUUUUAAGAAACUGCAGCAAUGAGGGCCGUCGUUCAAAGAGUACUGUCCGCUAAGGUAGAGGUUGAAGGCCGACUUGUAUCUGAGAUAGGGCCAGGUUUGUUGGUUCUCGUCGCUCUCUUGGAAACCGAUGUCGAGUCAGAUGCUGAUUACAUUUGUAAGAAGGUGCUGAACAUGAGAUUGUUUCCAAACGAGAAGACUGGUAAAACAUGGGAUCAAAGUGUUAUGCAAAGGAAUUAUGAAGUUCUUCUUGUUAGUCAAUUCACUCUUUAUGGGAUACUCAAGGGGAACAAACCAGAUUUUCAUGUGGCUAUGACACCUCAGAGAGCAAAGCCUUUCUAUACUUCUUUGGUAGAAAAGUUUUCUAAGACAUAUAACAUGAAUGCUGUAAAAGAUGGGAUUUUUGGUGCGAUGAUGCAAGUUCAUUUAGUUAAUGAUGGCCCAGUUACUAUGCAGCUGGAUUCUGGAAACUUCACAUGUGCUGAAAAUAACAACAGCACUAUUAAUGCAUCUGAAAAUUAAUUGCAUACCAAAUUCAGUUGAGUGAUGAAAUGGAGACGUAGAAACACUGCAAAACUUUUCACAUUGUUCUGUACAAGAGGCUCAAUAUUCAAAAUAUAUGAUAUUCAAGGGAUAGCGCUCCUUUGUUUAGGCUACUUUCUUUUUCUUACAUCAAUGAUAUGUUACUUAUUGUAUACAAGACAGCAACACCAUUUUCAGCAUGUUCUUGCAACCCAUGAAUUAAUCCAAACUUGCAGACUUCCAAAACAGCCAUUCUUCUUCACAAUUUUCCUUUCAUGACUCACAUUAUACUCUAGGAUGUUGAAAAUUCAUGUUAUGGCAAAGAUUGCAUUGAACUUCCAUAUUCUGGUGAGGUCGACUGUCAACUGUCAACAAAGAUGAGAUGCUAACACAAUCUAAGCUUGUGAUUCAAGUUUUGCUGAAGAUUUGGUAUAAUUGACUUUGAACCACUUCUAGCAGUCAACAAUAUACCUUGUAUGUAAUCAUGUAUUCUCAAUAAACGUGAAAUGCUCUAAGAAUUAUUUUUAAUGGGAGAAAAGUAUUCUAGUAGUUUUCUCA